AUGCCGUCAUCAAAGCCGGCCCCUACGCCUGCCACAUGGUCGUACUUCCUUAUCCGACUGUUAUUUCGGUUUGUCUUGAAGGUCUUCUACGGAACCAUAGUGGUCGAGGGGGCAGAGCACAUACCACCCAAGGGGCACGCCAGCAUCAUCACUGCGAACCAUGCAAACUCGCUCACUGACGCACUAUUACUCGUCACAUCUAUUCCCUACAAGAAGCGCGGGAUGCUGAGAUUGACUGCGAAGUCGACCCAAUUUGGUCGGCGUACCUUCACGAGCUGGCUCAUUGAGAGCGCUGGUACUUUACCGAUCAAGCGGCGGAAGGAUUUUGGCGACCAGGAUGUGGAUAAUAGUAUGAUCAUGGCACAUCUCAUCGACUCUUUGGGGCGCGGCGACGCUGUUGCGCUCUUCCCGGAAGGUGCCAGUCGGUAUCAUCCCACCAUCGCACCUCUCAAGACUGGCGUCAUACGACUUGUGUCAGAUACUCUGACAGCGCACGCAGAAGAGCCGGAUUUCAGCGUCUCUGUCGUACCCUGCUCGAUAACCUACAUGCAUCGACAACACUUCCGCUCAGAUGUCCUUGUCUCCUUCCACCCUCCACUCAGCUAUACACCUCGCGACAAUCCUGACCUUCUGGCGCCCAUCAAAGACUACUCGGCCGUUCGGCGUGCGACCACAACUCUGGGUCAACGCAUAGCAUCUGGAACACUUGACGCGCCGCGUUGGUCGCUAGUGCGCGCAGCGAAGCUCGCAGCGACCAUAUACGCGCCUUUAGGGACAAGAAUGGCUCUGGGCGAUUAUGUGAGGCUCUCAAGGGACUUCUUGCAGGCGAUGAAGGCUGGCGACACGGGAACAGAUGGGGAGAGUGCCGUGGGAACAGGUACGGAGGACGGAAAUGCCGAGGACGCGGAGCAGGCGGAGGAGAUGAAGUUACUCUUACGCGAGCUCAAAGCGUACGGCGGCGCCCUCACCCGCCUACACAUCAAAGACGAUCGUAUCCGGCAACCUCUCGCGCGCCCUGUCAUCCUGUGCCGCCUUGCUCUCCGCUUUACUUGGGCCCUCACGCUCUUCAUCCUCUCCUUCCCUGGACUUCUACUCUGGGCGCCCGUCAUAGUGACAACAUUCAUUGCCGUCAAAGAGUUCAAGAAGACCGGACCGAUAUGGGACACCUGGGACGAAAUCGCACAAUACAAGCUCGUCUAUGGUCUCAUCUCUGGUCUAUGCGUAUGGGGCGGCGCUGUACUUCUCACGCUACCUCUCGCGCCUAUCACGUUCUGGCUAGUACCAGCCGUGAUGUGGAUGAGUCUCAGGUGGUUCGAAGACGCAGUAGCAGCCGCACGCGCGUUCGUUGCUCUCGCACGCCUGUUCCUCGUAUCACCAGCGGAACUCAAUCGUCUACGCGCACUUCGCGCAGAACUCCAUACGAAGCUCAUGGCUUUAGCCAUGGCGAUGGGGCUGCCCGAGGAUCCGGAGAAGGCUUAUGCGGAAGGAGGAGAGGCGCAUAAAGGCAGGACGGGCGUAGGAUCUGGAUGGAGAGAUAAGACGAGGUAUUUCAGUGUGAGGCGCAGGAGGAAGAGAGAAUGGGAUGAGACCCUUCGGUUACAAGACCAAGACGAGUACGAUUAUCCGUCUGAUUGGGACUCGUAG